AGCGCACAACUGUAGGGGGCGCCUCUCCAUCGGUGGCCCGAGCAAGCGUGGCCGGGAAGAUUCUGCCUCCCCAGCACGCGGCCGGGUCCUCGGCACACGGCUGGGGGCCCCACCUAAUGUGGUCCUCGGGACGCUUUCCCUCCCUCCUUCCCAAUCUAAGGAAUGAGGCCACCGCCGUCCUGUGUUUGUCUGUUUGUUUGCUCCUUGUUUUGUUUUUAAAUCCGUGAUGCGCCAUCAGGAAAUCAUUUCCGCUUCUGCCCCCGGUGAGGCCCUUGGAAACACUCCCCGUUCAGCCAAUGGAGAGCACCGGAUUCUGGCAGGGGGCUGUGCUUUUCGGUCAGCCCUGCCCCCACCCACCCACCCUGCACACAAAAGCAGCAUAAUUAACUGUCUUAAGGCAGCCGAGCCUCCGCCAGCUGCGAGCUGGCAGGAAGAAAACACCUCGGAGGCACGGCCGGGCGCCGGUGCCGGUGAGGGGGCGCGCUCGCAGCGGGGCGAGGGGCAGCCGGCUGACUGCGAACUGCGUCCGUUCCCCACCUCCGGACAAAAGCGCCCCCCGUCCGCGCCGCCACGUUGCUCCGGGUGACCUUCCUUGCGUGCAGAGUCCGCCGCUGCGCGCACCUUCCUCGGAUGCUCUGAAGAGGCCCAGGGACCGCACUCGGAAGGCGAGGGAUGUCCGGCUGCGUCGGCGCGGGGCUCGCCUUUGUCUGCGCGUAACCCGCAGAGGCCGCGGAGGACUCAGCUCUGCUUCAAGCCAGCGCGCCUCUCCUCUGUUCCCAUGGGGACCACUGAAGCUACGCUCCGGAUGGAAAACGUGGACGUGAAGGAAGAAUGGCAGGACGAAGGCCUUCCCAGGCCACUCCCGGAAGAGACAGGGAUGGACCCGCUUGGCAGCCCCACGGAAGACACGUCCUCCCCUCCCAACACAUUGAACUUCAACGGAGCUCAUCGUAAGCGGAAGACACUGGUCGCCCCCGAGAUCAACAUUUCGCUGGAUCAGAGCGAGGGCUCCCUGCUGUCCGACGACUUCCUGGACACCCCUGAUGACCUAGAUAUCAACGUGGACGACAUCGAGACCCCGGACGAGACCGACUCGCUGGAGUUUCUGGGAAAUGGCAAUGAGCUGGAGUGGGAAGAUGACACCCCGGUGGCCGCCGCGAAGAACAUGCCCGGGGACAGUGCAGAUCUGUUCGGGGACGGCGCAGUGGAGGACAGCGGUGCCACCAACGGGCGCCUCUGGCGGACGGUGAUCAUCGGAGAACAAGAACACCGGAUUGACCUGCACAUGAUCCGACCCUACAUGAGGGUAGUGACCCACGGAGGGUACUACGGCGAGGGUCUCAACGCCAUCAUUGUGUUCGCUGCCUGCUUCCUCCCGGACAGCAGCUCCCCCGACUACCACUACAUCAUGGAGAACCUCUUCCUGUACGUCAUCAGCAGUCUGGAGCUGCUGGUGGCCGAGGACUACAUGAUCGUCUACCUGAACGGCGCCACCCCCCGGCGGAGGAUGCCUGGCAUCGGCUGGCUGAAGAAGUGUUAUCAGAUGAUCGACAGGAGAUUGCGGAAGAACCUGAAGUCGCUGAUCAUUGUGCACCCGUCCUGGUUCAUCCGCACGGUGCUGGCGGUGUCCCGGCCUUUCAUCAGCGUCAAAUUCAUCAACAAGAUCCAGUACGUACACAGCCUGGAAGAUCUGGAACAGCUCAUCCCCAUGGAACACGUGCAGAUCCCCGAGUGCGUGCUACAGUACGAAGAGGAAAGGCUCAAGGCCAGGAGAGAGAGCGCCCGGCUGCAGCCCGAGUUCGUCCUGCCCAGGUCUGAGGACAAGCCCGAGGCGGUGCCGGCGGAGGACAGGCCUGCUCCAGCCACAGAUCAGGAAACAAGCAUGUCCUGAGGUGACAAGACUACAGAGAAGGACAAGACAGAAGAUUCCAGAUGGCAAGAAACCUCUGUCAGACGCCCUCUGGUCCUGGACCUCCUCCCCGCCUUGUCCUGACGCCCCUGUCUUUGUAGGGGGCCAGUCCCCCUCAUCCAUCUCUGAAACCCAGCAUCCUUUUGAGCUGCUUGAAAACGUUUUUGUUUUGUUUUGUUUUCAAACAACGCGGUAUGUUCCAGAAAAGGACCUGGUUCUCAGCCCUCCACACUCACGAGCUCGCGGCCGAGAAGAGGAAGACGGCCCAGGGCAUGGCCCGUGUGCCCUCGACGGCUUCAGAGACCCCCUCCUCGCCCUCAGCACCACCAUCACUGCACAAAGUCCUGGUUCAAGAGCCUUCUCUUGUUUGUCACCUGGCCCACCCCGGGGCCACGGAUGCCCGCCAGCUCCUUGGCCGGAUCUGGACUCGUUCUUGUGCCUUUUCUCCUAGAACACCCCCUGCGGCCCUGGGCACGUGGCCCGGAAGCUCAGCCCCCCCAGCAGCGCUGUGCCCCGGGGACCUCCCGUCCCUGCACCUCAUGGCUUUACACUUGACCAGCUCCCCUCGCCUUCAUCUCCCGAACUUCUUUGGGAUUAACGGAGUCCACGAUGGCACACGCGAGCUGCUGCGAAUCACCCCCGCCCCGCAGUUGCAAACCCGCCCCCCCUUCUAGAACAUUCUCAAGCCCCUUUAAUGGACGCCACACCACAGGGCAAUCCUGAUCAAUACCUCCUACUGAGGGAAUGAAGUGUCCCCGCUUUCCUGACCCCCCCCACCCCCCCACUCCAACACAGGGUUGGGAUGAGCCCCUCAGGUUCCCGCCAUGGGAAACCGGCUCUGAACCGCGAUACAGGAAGAUACAGGUUUAUUGCAGGUUUUGAGUGUUUUGAAGUUCACUUGGGAAAAUAAAUCCCAGUGGCCUGGAUGCUACGAAGACCUGCGGUCAAAGGAGGUAAAUUUACCUUGGACAGAAGUCAGACUUUUCUAAUGUGGUCCGCACGCCCGUCAGGGUGGCCUUUAGAGGUAGUGAGUUCCCCGUCCGUGGAGGCAUUUAAGAAAAGGCUGGAAAGUGCUUACAGAAUGUGGUCCUCUGCGGUCCCCUCCGAUCCUCGGAGUUUCUGUUUCUAUGAAUCUGAACAAAGGUUGAGCGGGUACCUUCUCCAGGCCCCUCUUCCCGGCCCCGUCGCUGGUUUCUUAGCGGUCUAGUUCAAGUGCCCUGGGUAUGAGGUUCUUGGCCUCAGGGGAGAUGCCGGAGGCUUCUUGACCUGGGCGCAUCGAGGUGUUUUGGGUUAUUCCGAUGCCAGGAGGGAGCUGGUGGUGUUUGGUGCUGAGGGAAGGGAACACCCGACAUUUUGCCCCGUGGGGGAGGCUCCUGAAUGUCCUGAACGUCACGGAGCCGUCCCGCGUCCAACGCCAGAGGCUCCGCCUCGAAAAACGCGGAGUCUGGGAGCCGAGUUGGGCCCCGCAUCUUCUGGGUCGGCGCAGCUCUGCCCCGGGAAGGCCGGGACGCCUGGGGGGUGGGUGGAGGGGGGGUCUUACGUUUGUGUUUCUGCUGUUUCCCAAAUGUCAAAUAAAGGACAGGACCGUGUUCCGGGCCCAGGCGUGUCACCCGGAGCCUGAGGCGGCCGAGGCCAGCGGAUGGGCCUCUCCAAUUUGCCCUCCGACAGACCCCCACA